GUGCCUGCUACUCGAAAAGAUGGGAACGAAAAUUUUACUCUUCCCUUUCGAGUGAAUCCUGUGGAGUCCCGGUGCACAGGUCGAACUAGAAUUGCUCGGAAAAUGGGACUGGUACUGUAUUUUUUCGCUAGAAAGUUUAAAAAAUAUUGUAAAGUAGUCUAAAGUGCGUGUAAGUGAUAUUCGCGAGGUUGUGGUGUGACCAGUUAACCUAACCUUUCAAAUGUUGAACGAACGUAGCAAAAAUGGCGAACCGAAGCAGAGUUUUUACAAGUGGUGAAAAUUGACAAGUUGUCUAGAGUUUAUAUUUAUCCAUUCAGCUUUCAAGCAGGAAAUGAAAAAUGAAACUGAUGUGUUCCGAAUCAGGAAUGUCGAAAAAGGGACCCAAAAAUAAAAAAAAAAGUCAUGUCCGCUUCCUUUGUGGACUUUUUUUUCCUGGUUACAUGUGUGUAAUUUGUGAUUGUAUAUGUUGGUUCGGAUGAAAAGCAACACUAUGACAGUUCACUGAAGCAACGUGAAGAAGAAACUGCUAGCAUUGUACAAGAGACCGAAGAGAAAAAAUGACAUCUCGUAUUCGAACAGCGGCGUAUUAUGAAAUGAAAUCAGCAGCUCCAAAAACAAAAGGUAACGACUGUGCCUUUUAGCACUUACAAAUGACCGAUCGAAGCAUCAAAGCGCACACCGUGUUAUCAAGUAUCACCAAGAGGCAGAAAGAGUGACAGAGCAAGCUUGCAGUUAGAAGCGAGGAGUGGAACGAACAAAACCUGGCAAACCUACGAAAAUAUAGUUUGUUUAGCAAUGCUCUACAAAACAUUUAUUGUUCAAAAGAAUAUACUAACAUCAAGUGUAUGAAGCAGGUUCACAAAUCACACGUAACACCCAUUCUGGGGAAGAAGUAACGAUACUGAUCACUGUAGCUAACAGUAGAUUAGUUGGACUGAACCGUCGAAGCAAAAGAAAUACUUGUUCGUGUUUGUCUAUGUGCGGUUCAUGUACCCACCACACCAACUGCAGCUAAUGGUGACGGUAGUGAACUAGUAAUACGAACCGGCAGUGGUAUUACAUUGAGUUUGUCAUAUAAUGCAGUCGAAUACUAGGUGCUACCGACCGACUGGCAGUUAUACUGCUGCCAAUGCCGACGAGCUUAGCUACCAGAAGGACGACAUCCUCGUGGUGUCGAAAACGUCGACCCGUGACAAUUGGUACGAGGCGGUAAAUGUGCACACCAAACAAAAAGGAUUAGUGCAGUUGCAUAGGUUAGUACGUUGCGAUGCCACUUUCUCCGAACAGUCGCCUGUUACCAGGCAUGUUUUUAUCGACGGUAUUAAAAUCGAUCACAACGAUGAAGAAUAUGAAUACUGUACUACUCAUGAUCCAAGCACUAGUAUGGAGCGAACCAGUGGUAAUAUCAAUAGCACCAGUGAGGGUGGUAACAUCGGCACUUACACCGAACUCGAUCGAAACACUGCGUUCGAGUAUAGGAUGGCAAAUCUCGAGCUCACCAAAUCCACCAAAAACAGCAAUAGUCAGGUGAAUCUGACCCCUUCCUGGACUACCCCUUGGGUUGUCAUGGAUGACGUCGAAGGGAACGCCGGUGCGGAUUUGGUUAAUAAAAUGGAUGAAUUUAGUAAUAAAAACAUUAACAAAUGUCACACGACCGUACCUGUUUAUUUUGUAACUCCUAUUAUCUGUUUACUUUGUCGCGACUACAUCUACGGCUUCGGAAUACAAGGACGACAGUGUAAAAAAUGCUGGUCGUGUUUCCACAACCAAUGCUUAUCGCAUGCCGCCAACGAAAUGUGCCAAAGAAAUCUUGACGUUUAUCCGACGAUGCCGACCACCUAUAGCACCGACAAGUCAAUUAACGAAUGGACGUCAGCGAACGUAUUGGAAUGGAUGGCUGCUAACAACUUCUACACCUACGCUGACGUGUUCAAAGCGAAAGAUAUAAAAGGCUGUGAUUUAUCGAAUUUGGACCGUGAUAAAUUAGGACAAAUGGGUAUUAAAAAUGAAUUCCAUCAGCAAACAAUCCUGGCGUCCAUAAAGGAUUUGCUGACGAGCGCGGAAAAGUCAAUCCAGUGUACCGGCACGCUGUGGACCACCAGCGGUGGCAGCAGCAAUGUUCCCGGUGAGGAUGGCGACACCCUGCUCGAUAAACACUCGCAUGAUCUGGUGGACCAUUCGUUUUCGAAGCAGGUUAAAUGUGAUAAGUGUCAGCAGUACUUGCGUGGACUGAUACAUCAGGGAUUGCUAUGUAAACUUUGUAAUCUCAUUGUCCAUCGACAGUGUUCGGCGACGGGACUUAAGCCUUGUGCAGCCGACGCUGGUAAAGGGAAACCAAUCGUGGCUACUUGGUGCCAAGAAGUCUUUGGUUUGGGACUGUGUCAGCAGUUUAACGUAGCCGAACUGCCGGCACCGCAGACCGUCAUAAUACUCUGCAAUGAAAUCGAGCAGAAAGCGAUGUGCAACAUGAAUCUAGAUCUGUACAAACUGUAUCGAACGACGCCGCCCAAUUACGAUGAGGUGAACAAACUGCGCGACUCGCUCAACGAGAAUCUAAUCAAUACCGAUCUCAGCGGCUACUCGCCAGAGUGCGUGGCUACGGUAUUGAAGAAGUUUCUACGCGAGCUGCCGGAUCCAAUUAUUCCGGUUAUGUUCUACGACAAAUUUGUCGAAACCUCAAAGAUUACCAGCGACGCCGUAGCAGUUGAGCAGCUGCGGUUGCACAUUCAAGACCUGCCCGUUUAUCACAAACUGACGCUCAAGUAUAUCAUGAUGCAUCUGAUACGAAUCUGUCGAAUGCAGUACCAGCGGGGGUUGAAGGAGCAACCGACGAUACUGAUACAAGUGUGGUGCCAUAUUCUGAUGCGUCCUCCUUGGGAGAAAAUCGUUCAAAUCGUGUACAACACGGAAAAUCACUUGCGAAUAAUGGAACUGCUCCUUUACAAAUUGGACUGGAAUGAAAAACUACCAGAAUUUCUAUCCGCUCCAGCAGUGCCUCCACGGAAAAUCUCUCGGAGUGCAGCCGUACUACAACAACAACAACAGCAAUCAGCAAGCCCGUCUUCCGGGAUGAAUAGUUUAAAGAAACCAGCAAUCACAUCACCGGCAGCUGUGAUACCAACGCCCCUCAUCGGGGGAGUAUAUAGUAAUACCAAUAGUGGUAGCACAAGUUCCGGCCCAAGUAUGAGUACUGCUCCCAGCAGUAAUAGCACCACGGUACCCAGCGAUGACCGGCGAUCAGUGUCACUGGUGCGAGCGGUAUGUGAUGCAAACACGCCUACGGAUCUCCGCGAAGCUGAAUGGUACUGGGGUAAGAUCACACGGGACGAAGCGAAGGAGAAAAUGACGGAUGCGCAGGACGGUUCGUUUUUGGUGCGGGACGCCACCAGCGGCGGCGGUGAGUACACGCUUACGCUGAGAAAAGACGGUGCAGAUCGUGUGAUCAAAAUCUAUCACAAUAUGGGAAUGUACGGGUUCACAAGAGACUGCACCCAUAAAAGUGUGGUAGAUCUCAUUAAUACCUAUCGGAAUGUGUCGCUAAAGAAUUACAAUACAAUCUUGGACAUCAUGCUGAGUUAUCCGAUCUCUCGACUCGAAGAUGAUAAUUUUAUCUCGAGUGCGGGAGACGAUGCACCGCGAUUAGCACAGAAGUUUAUCGAUGUGGUACAGCAAUUGAAUGAUAAGUUGCACGAACGUGCACGGUUAACUGAGGAAUACACCACGGCGAAGAAUCAGGUUGAUUUGAAAAAGCAGGCACAAGAAGCGUUUGCAGAAGCGGAAAAGUUAUUUAAUGAGCAACUAGCAAUUCAGGCCAAGUUUGAGAAGGAAGCGCAGCCCCACGAGAAGCAAGGUCUAAGCACUAACCAUCAACUAAUCGUAGAUCGGAUGCAAGAAUUGAACCAGUGCAAAAAUCAACUGCAGGCCGACAUGGAUAAGGAAAAGACUCGAAUUUGGACGCUUGAGCGUGAGAUUAACAAACUCAAUCCGGAAAUUAUCACGCUCAACCGGGUGAAGGAUCGCUACAUGGAAGAAAUGAAAUAUCAGGGUGUCAGUGACAGCCAAAUCAAACAGAUGUUAACCGAUGGCUACUAUUCGGUAAACCAAAGUAGCCACGAGCAGCCACACAACGAUGAAAACAGUUGGCUGCGACCAACGUUCAACCGACAGGAUGCGGAACAGUGGCUGAAUGGUAAACCAACUGGAACUUUCCUAAUACGAUCCAGAAGCGGUGGACAGUAUGCAUUGUCUAUCACCUGCAAUGACACAGUCAAUCAUUGCAUCGUGCAACGUACGGAACAGGGGUACGGUUUCGCGGAACCGUAUAACAUCUACGAUUCGCUGAAAUCGUUGGUGCUACAUUAUGCAAACAACUCUCUGGAGGAGCAUAAUGAUACGCUGCAGACGACACUUAAGUAUCCGGCGUUCGCCAGUACGCAGCAAUCAAACUAGACCUACAAUCCAUCUACUUCUUCUGAUUCUUCUGCGUCUUCUUAGAGGUUAAGUUAAACUUAUAAAGUUUUUUAAACUCCUCUCGAAUGAAUUGUUUUCUUAUAUUUUUUUUAAGAAAAGGGUAGGCACGAACAUCAACUCACAGAAAGUUUGUUUCGCUCGGAUAGGCAACGUAACGGCAGAACUAAUUGCACAAUAUAAGAAGAUGUUUGUACUGCAUCAAGCAUUCGUUUCCAUUUUUAUAUAGCUAGGAAAUUAUGAAAUAAAUACAUUGGAGAAUUAUCAAUAUCCCUGCUUAAAGGGAAGCUGA